AGUCUACAUACAGAGUUGGGUGGGGUAGAGAGUAGGGGGCGGUAGUCGGGGGUGGUGGGAGAAGGAGGAGGCGGCGAAUCACUUAUAAAUGGCGCCCAAGCAGGACCCUAAGCCGAAAUUCCAGGAGGGCGAGCGAGUGCUGUGCUUUCAUGGGCCUCUUCUCUAUGAAGCAAAGUGUGUAAAGGUUGCCAUAAAGGACAAACAAGUGAAAUACUUCAUCCAUUACAGUGGCUGGAAUAAAAAUUGGGAUGAAUGGGUGCCAGAAAGCAGAGUACUCAAAUACGUGGACACCAAUUUGCAGAAACAGCGAGAACUUCAAAAGGCCAAUCAGGAACAAUAUGCAGAGGGCAAGAUGAGAGGGGCUGCUCCGGGGAAGAAGACAUCCGGCCUGCAACAGAAAAAUGUCGAAGUGAAAACAAAAAAGAACAAGCAGAAAACACCUGGAAAUGGAGAUGGUGGCAGUACCAGUGAGACACCUCAGCCUCCUAGGAAGAAGAGAGCCCGGGUAGAUCCUACCGUUGAAAAUGAAGAAACCUUCAUGAACAGAGUUGAAGUUAAAGUGAAGAUCCCUGAAGAGCUGAAACCCUGGCUUGUGGAUGACUGGGACUUGAUCACCAGACAAAAGCAGCUUUUUUAUCUUCCUGCCAAGAAGAAUGUGGAUUCCAUUUUGGAGGAUUAUGCAAAUUAUAAGAAGUCUCGAGGAAAUACAGAUAAUAAAGAGUAUGCUGUUAAUGAGGUGGUGGCAGGCAUAAAGGAGUACUUCAAUGUCAUGUUGGGCACUCAGCUUCUCUACAAGUUUGAGAGACCACAGUACGCUGAAAUCCUCACCGACCACCCGGAUGCGCCCAUGUCCCAGGUGUACGGAGCGCCACAUUUGCUGAGAUUAUUUGUGCGAAUUGGAGCGAUGUUGGCCUACACGCCUCUAGAUGAGAAAAGCCUUGCUUUAUUACUGAACUAUCUACAUGAUUUUCUCAAGUACCUGGCGAAGAAUUCUGCAACCUUGUUCAGUGCCAGUGAUUAUGAAGUGGCCCCUCCUGAGUACCAUCGGAAAGCCGUGUGAGGGCGUGCUCGCCCUCUCUCCCUCGUGCUUGGAUCUCUGUAAACAGUUUGGUUCUUAGUCCUUCUCUUGUACAAAUGAUGUACUUUGAAGACCGUUAGUGUAUAACAGAGUUGUUUGUUUCCUCUUUGAUUUUAAACAGAGAAAAUAAAAGGAGUAACUGCUCCUUUUUUCUUCCUUUUUUCAUUUCAAAGUUUCUACCAGUGUAUCAGUGACGGACAACAGAGAGACAUGCUGUAGAGUGUUUGCCUAGUUGACAAAGCUGCUUUUGAAUGCUGGUGGUUCUGUUCCUUUGACACUACGCACUUUUAUAAUAUGUGUUAAUGCUCUAUGACAAAUGCUCUGAUUCCUAGUGCCAAAGGUUCACUUCAGUGUAUAUAACUGAACACUCAUCCAUCUGUGCUCUUUUUUUUUUUUUUUAAUGGUGCUUAAAGAGCCCAUCCUUUGCAAGUCAUCCAUGUCAUUCCUUAGGCAUCUUAUCUUUGCUCAACUGUUAAAGAAUGGUGGCUUGUUUUCAUGGGUUUUGUAUUUGUGUCUAAUGCACGUUUUAACAUGAUAGACGCAAUGCAUCGUGUAGCUGCAGUUUUAUGGAAAAGUCAAUCUUGUAGGAGUUGUUUUUCAGAUCUUCAAUAAAUUUUUUCUUUAAAUUUCAA